UUAAUGCAGUUCCAAGACCAAGCAAAAGCUAAAAGUGUUCACCUGAUUUUGUUGUGGUGUGAGUCCGUUGUUGAAUGAAUCAUGAUUUAUAUUGAUGCUUGUCUCUGUAUUCCUUGGCUGGAGAGUUUUCAUUAAACAUUGCGUCACUGGUUGUUGCCACAAAUAAGAAUCUAUUUAUCUACUGUCUUUACUUGAAUUCCCACAGUGGAGCCGAGACACUAUGCAAAUGCUCCCAGAGUGAAAAACACUUGACUAAGUUGGCUGCGCAAUUCUUAGAUCUUUUAACAAACUAAGCAUUUUGUUUGUGUGCACACUGAGAGCCUAAAUGUGGAAACGGGAAGUUGCUGAGACACUAAAUGUGAACUUCUGGUUUAUUUUUCACAGUGACGCGUUCAGAGUCCAGGGAAAUAGCAAUAAAGUAGAUAAUGUGCUCUGACGAGUAAAACGAAGUGAUGGAUUUUUUUUUUUUUUUGCUUUUUUUCAGGACAAUCGGAGGAGGAGUCAGUGCUCGAGGUCAGCAUUUGGCUGAAAUUGGGUGAAAUUAUGUGUAGCCCACCCCUUCGCCAAACAAGCCCCCCUCCUCCCUCCGUCACGUCUCUCAAUUGACUGGUUCGCCCGCAUCAUGCUGGAGACCCCGUCGAGAGGAUCUUUUCUCUCUAUAAAGAGAAGAUGCGGCUCCGGCGCCCGUGAGAUGAUCGCGAGGAUUUACGGCGUGCGUUUCCCCGCUCCCAGCGCCGGCUGCCACGACACCGAACCGCCUGGACCGCCAGAACACUCCGAAUAUUCACUCCAGCGGAUGACGCGGGAUUUGCCGGUGCCGGACGGAUCCAGCGCGCGCGUGUGAGCGUCGUGGGGUUUUUUUUCCCAGCUGCAGCCUGCACUUCGUGCGUCGUCGCCCGUCGGCGCAGUUUGUGUCCGCAGGUGUUCGCCAAAGCAGCGCGAGGACAGAUGGCUGCGCUGACGAUACAAAGGACUGACAACUUUUUACACACCUUUUUACAGGACCGGACGCCCAGCUCCUCUCCAGAGGGAGCGCCCAACGCCCUCUCCUUCCUGGCCACCACCUGCAGCCAGGCCUGGCAGGUGGGAGGCGCCACGGGCUCCGAGGGCUCCCAGUUCCCCUACGAGGGCGCCGUCAGCUCCACGUCGGGAAUGUUCCAGCUCUGGAGCAACGAGAUGCCGCCCAGCACGGCCCUCAGCACGCACCAGAUGACCUUCACCGUGCCAAAGGUGCAGUUCCCCGCACACGUGCAGUCAGGCCUGGGCCACCACCACCACCACCCCCACCACCACCACCACGAGCUGCCUCUCACCCCCCCAGCCGAGCCGCCCUCCUCCUACUCCUUCGAACUGUCCCCUGUCAAAGUGCUGUCCUCGCAGCCGCAGGCCGCGGGCCCCUAUUACCCUCAGCACAACGGCGUGGGCCAGAACUUCUCCAGCUUCCUCCAGAACUCCUCGCCCCGGCACCACCUCCCCGGGGGCCACGCGGACGACGCGCAGCAGUGGUGGAGCCUGCCCCAGACCAACGCCGCGCCCUCCGCCCACCCUUUCUCCCUGGGGCGGCAGCUGGUGCUGGGCCCCCAGCCCCAGAUCGCGGCGCUUCUGCAGGGCACCUCCAAGGGGCUGCUCGGCUCCACGCGGCGCUGCCGGCGCUGCAAGUGCCCCAACUGCCAGGCCGGCGGCGGCGGCGGGCUGGAGUUCGGGAAGAAGAGGCUGCACGUGUGCCACAUCCCGGAGUGCGGCAAGGUGUACAAGAAGACGUCGCACCUGAAGGCGCACCUGCGCUGGCACGCCGGCGAGAGGCCCUUCGUCUGCAACUGGCUGUUCUGCGGCAAGAGCUUCACGCGCUCGGACGAGCUGCAGCGGCACCUGCGCACGCACACCGGCGAGAAGCGCUUCGGCUGCCAGCAGUGCGGCAAGAGGUUCAUGCGGAGCGACCACCUCUCCAAGCACGUCAAGACCCACCAGACCAGGAAGGGCCGGACGGGGCAGCCUUCACAGAACCAGGACCCGCUGCUCGCCAAUAUCAAGAGAGAGUGACCUCUCAGGUCUGUCCAUUUAAUGACUGUGACUUACACUGCCAUGGGUUUGCACUAGAGCGGAGGCAUCCAGCUCCCGGGACAUUCAAGUAGUACCAUGAAAGUAUAUUUAGAGAUCAAUAUUGAUAAAAAGUCAUCGUGUGCUGUUUGAGUCAAGGCACCUUUAAAGAAAACUUGAAUUCUUUUGUGGUAUUGUGAGAGUUUUUGCUGCGUUAAUUCAACAAUUCCACAAAAAAUAACACAGACUUCAUGCCUUUGACAAUUAUUAGAAAUUCGAGUCAAAAACUGUUUUUGAAGGUUGGUUAUGUAAAUAUUUGAACCAUGUGGAGGAGGGAGCGGUUCUCGGUGUUGCUCAGACUAAAUGUAUGCCUUAGUACAGCCAAAGUUGGCUGUGUGAAAAUAAAAACUGCUCGCAAUCAAGGUGAAAAUAGGAAGAAAAAAAAAGUCGGUCGCUCCUGGUAAUUAGGUUUUAUUCCAAAGCUGAUUUUAAUUUGUCUACUUGGAGGUGGGGAUCUUUUUGAAAUGUAAACAGGAACGUCUUUGAUCUACAGAUAAGUCUCGUCUGCUGAUGAGCCGCGAUGUGAAGCUCCGCUGCUCCGGAUCAGCAAGCGUUUGAAAUCUUAGGUUCUUUGUAAAUGAUGUACAGACAUGAUGAACAAUUUUAUUGUGGUUAUGGCCGCAUGUAAAUUUUAAUAAACACUGUCCUGCUCAAACAACAA